AUGUCUCGCACCGAAAGCUCCCAUGCGCCCCCUACCGGCGCCGUGGUUCACCAGCUCGUCGUCAAGCCGGUUUUCGAUGCUCUCGAACCGCGCGAGAAGCGCUACGCACACCACAUGGCGCGAGCGGCCUGGCAUGGAAGUAGAAUCAUUAUGUCUGGAGAUUGGGAUAGCUUGGUGACGCAAUGCGGCAUUCUCCCUGAAGAGCUCGAAGCCUUUCUGGAGUACGCUGGCACGUUUCUCUGCAACCUGGGCAACUUUUACGGCGAGGGCGAUCAAAAGUUCGUUCCCGAUUUGUCCAUCGAAGCUCUACGCAAAAUUUCGUCCAUCUCCCCGAAGGCCAAAGACGGACUGGACAAAAUUGUCGGCCCGUUGUUCGCAGUCCCACCAUUCAGUCUUGGAUAUCCUAGCAAGAACGCGCAGUCGGCAUACUAUCCUGGCACCGAGCCUAUUUCCCAACUAGAGGUCGCCAAGGUAUCUGAGGCCAUGGGACGACAUUCGAUAGGACCAGAGAAUACUCGAAUUCGGAAGCUGGUCGAGGAUGGCAAGCCCGUCUACCAGCUGCUACAGGCUUCUGCCGAGACUGCUGCUUCUAACGACACUCCACAGGAGCUCGCGGACGGCAUCUCCCUCAUUAAAGGCGACCACACCGAGGAACUGUCGAAGGUCUGUUUGGCUCUGGAGAAAGCAAAGGAGUACGCAAGCAACCGCAGGCAAGUCCAGUUCUUGACCAAAUACGUCGAAUGCUUCCGUACCGGUAGCUUGGAAACUUUCCAAGAGUCGCAAAAGGUGUGGGUCUCGGAUGUAUCUGCAAGAGUUGAACACUUGAUUGGCUUUAUCGAGCCUUACCGCGAUCCGGCUGGAAUUAGGUCCGAGUGGGAGGCUAUGAUAGGAAUCGCUGAUUCAGACGAGGUGUCUCGACUGAAGCGCCUCGUUGAGAGUUCAACCGCCUUCAUUCGACACCUCCCGUGGGCGGUGGAGGGCGUGAAUGACGGUAAAGGGCCGUUUGAGAAGAGUCUAUUCGAGGCUCCUGACUUCACUAGCGUCCACGCGCUCGCUGUAUGCGGUAGCAUCGUCUUCGAAGCUGCCAAUCUUCCCAACUACGAAUACAUUCGAGAAACCUGCGGCUUCAAAAACAUCGUGCUUGCGAAUCGUCUAAGCGCCAACAACAACCCCAAGCUACCGUGCUAUUGGGUCCUUCCAUCCGAGUUGAAGCGCUUCAAGAGCAGCACGCACAUAGUUAGGUACAUCACUACCGCCAUCCACGAGCUCCUCGGUCACGGAACCAGUAAACUCCUCGGUGAAAUCGCACCAGGAGUGUACAACUUCGACAAGCAGAACCCACCGAUCAGUCCCAUCACCGGGGAACCCGUGACCUCACACUAUCGGCUUGGCCAGACGUGGGGAAGCGUCUUUGGCAAGCUGGCGGGAACGGUAGAGGAGUGUCGUGCCAUCUUGGUCUCGGAAUACCUCAUGGACGACAAAAAGUUGCUGGAGAUAUUUGGUUACACUGAUGACAGUGAAAUCACCGCUGACGACCUCCUCUAUACCACCUAUCUGAACAUCGGCGUCGAUGGUCUUCAAGCUCUCGAACAUUAUAAUUUCCAAAGUCAGGCUUGGGGCCAAGUCCACCACCAGGCCCACUUCUCCAUUCUCAAGCAUCUCCUCCAAGACGGCGGCGGCGUCAUCCGCAUUGCCCACGACCCUGCCGAGUCGAGCCUCACCGUCCACAUCGACCGCAGCAAAUUCAUCUCGCACGGCAAACCCGCCUUGGGCCAUUAUCUCUGCCGCCUGCACAUCUGGCGCUGCACGGCCGACGCUGCCUCCUGCAAAGCGUUCUACGAGCCCCUCUGUGCGGUCGAGGGCGAGUACGAGCAGUGGCGACAGAUUGUGUGCUCGAAGCCGAAACCAAGAUGGAAGUUUGUGCAACCUAACACCUCGAUAACUGGGGACGAGGUCGAGAUGAAGGUUUACGAAGAAAGCAAUAGAGGUAUCAUUCAGUCUUGGGUCGAAAGGGGUAUUUGA